AUGCUCGCCUUCAAGAUGAUUAUCGUCCUCUUGAAGCUCGCAGCGGCUUAUCCUCUCGAAGAUCAUGCCCUCGGUGCCUCGCUGCCCGUGCAAGGUCAUGGUAAUCGGAAAGAGCAUUGUGCAUCGCAUUCAUCAAACCCCGAGACUGCGAGUCUGGGCACCCCGAACCUGCAUGAGCGACAGAAGUCACUCUGUCAACGCCAGGGCCGAUAUCAGCGGAGCCGAGGUACUCAGAUCAUUACGGCACGCCGGCUCACGCGCAUCGAGCAUCCUGAAAGUGUCAUCGAGCUGGCCGGUCAAUUGGAUGCGCGGGAUGUGUCGCAAUGGUCUGCAUGA